CAUUCAUCCAUCAUAAUCAUCUCAAUUCAAUUCAAUAAUAAAUUCCCCAGAAUCGCUGAGGCAUCUCAUCCUUUAAAUCAUCAGCAGCAGCAUCAGCCACUUUAGAAACUUUCUCCACAAAAUUCAUUUUUUCUCCUUCUCUUUUCUUUUUUCCUUUCCCGCGCAUUAAUAAGAGUUCGAAAGUUCCUAUCAUUGAAGAAGCCGCCACCUUUUCAAUCACUCAUCUAUUACUACUCUACUACCAUUCUACGUCAGGCUACUACUGUCAUAGACUCAUAACUCUAUCGCGACUGCCAUUCAUCACAAGUUCGGCAAUCAUACUACACCACAUCCAAACACAACCAAACCAAAUCAGACCAGACCAGACCAGACCAGAUCAAACCAAACCAAACCAAACCAAACCAAACCAAACAAAUCAGCCAACCAACCAUAUUUUACCGUACCUUAGUCAUACGCCUACCUACCUUUUCCAUCUUUCAUCCAAGUUUUAAAAAGGACUGGACUGGACUUCUGAACUUGACACUAGUCAAACUUUUCCACUCGCAACCUUUCUCCAUUUCCCACCUUAUUCCAUUUCCCACCUUAUCUGGAAGGACUAGCUAGGACCUCCUCGACUCAAACAUCACGCCCCAAAAACCGGUCAUCGGAGUAUUUUACCAAGCCUAGUCCAUUCUGGGAAAUCCUCACAACCAAAACCAUCGUGCAAUAUUGAACUACCACAAAAUUAAAAUCAAUUGCGGUUCCCAAUUCCAUCAUUUCAAUCGACCCGUAACUCUGUCCAUCCCUAGGACCCAGUCUUUUCGCUCGGCCUUUGCUUUUCGCUCUUUCUCCUCAACUUUAGCGUAAGCUAAGCAAUCACUGAAGAUCGGCGAACAUCUCCAUUGACUAGCCAAAUCUCCCCCUCCUCAAAACCAUUGGAGUUAUUUAAAGAAGGAAAGAACCCCCCAGUCUGUCUGAACAACUUCUCCCAAAAUACACCUCACCUCAAACAUUUCACCUCAAACAUCUCUUUUCUCCAACGGAAUCGUAGAGUUCUUUUUAUAGUAAGCAGCAACCCUGCAUCACCAUAAAGUCCGAGCACUUCUACACCCACUCCACCUACCACAUCUAGUCUUCGACAAGACUAUCUUCCAAAUAUUUUCGCUGUAGUAUGUCCUUGGCCUCUACACAGCAUCCAUUAAACAAUUCUUUACCUACAACCACCAACGACGUCGAGAGCAAGAACGCUCCAGACGAAACAGAAGCAAAUUUAAGUACGCUUCUUGGGGCAUAUACAAACGGUCAGAAACACACCUCUAUGGAACGAGGUUCUACCGCAUACACGCAGUCAGGUUUGCAAACGCCCUAUCCACACGCGUUCACCGACGCUCAAUCUGAAGAAUCACCCGCAGAUAAUACAUCUGCUGCGCAGUAUCCACCGCAUCAAGAAGUUCGAUCGAGCAAUUACCCUGCAGCAGCUACUACCGCAUCCGAGUACAGUGCAGCUUAUCCACCAUCGUCGGCGCGUUCAGGCAACUUCUCCGAUCACUUACAAAGAACAUAUCAUUCAAGCAGUCAUAGUACUGGCAGUGGAGGAAUGGCUCAACCAACAAGUCCGUCAAUACCUUUGCAAGAUGGCCGUUCAGCCCAUCAAACCCCGCAAAUCAAAUCUGACCAGGAUGUUCCUAUAGAUCCAUCAAUUGCUGCUUCCAGCCCAACCUACGCGUCGCACCCCGGCCAACAUUCUCCAUACCCUCCACAAGACCAAUUGCAGUAUGGUUACUCCCAACAACACACCGGCGGCGCGAUGUACACCCAGCCAAGACCCGAUUGGGCCGGUUACGCAGGUCACCCACCUCACGCCAGUCAUCAUCAACCUUCUCACAAUGGAAUGAAUUAUCCAGUUAGUGGCGCCCCAAGCCAAUCAUCCGUAGCUGCUGGUGGACGGGGUCCAAGUCAAGUAAGUCGUGUCUUUCGUCCCAUCGAUGUAUGUGCAUCUAUCUACGCGCUUUUUUUUUAAGCGGGCUGAGGUGCACCGCGCAUAGACCUUAUGUGCAGAAGACUGUAGAGAAGUCGCGUCCUUUCAGUCAUGAUGAACCACUAAGAAUUAACAGGUCCGUCAGCAGGUCUAUUCAUUUGUACCAAUCCCUGGUUCUUCGCAACAGAAGCGUCCCAGAAGACGAUUUGAAGAGAUUGAACGUAUGUAUAAAUGUGGACAUCAAGGAUGUGAGAAAGCAUAUGGUACAUUGAACCACCUCAACGCACAUGUAACAAUGCAAGCUCACGGAAGCAAACGUACACCUGAAGGUAUGUAAUUCUUGUUUUCCUAGUCAAAUAUCCAUCGUGGCACGGAAUGUGUAUGGUGGCAGGGAUGGCUCUUGAAGAAUUUCUAUUUUCAGCCUUCAAGGGACCAGUUAGUCCUUGUUUCUAGGUAGUUUGUGCCGCUUUUGCUAGGUUUCGAAAUAGUGUCGGACUAAGGUUUGACGUCGGUUGGCCUACAGCCUUACCGACUAGCAUGGAUUAGCGGGAUCAAACGGGUCUGCUGUGUAACAUUGGCAAGCUAACACCUUGUGCUUACAGAAUUCAAAGAAAUCCGAAAGGAAUGGAAGGCUCGCAAGAAGGAGGAAGAAAUGCAGCGUAAAGAAGCAGAGGUUGCUCGCGCUGGUGGAGCUCCCACUGUUCCUGAGUCUCACGCUGAAGGCGCUCCAGCCCAAGGUUCUUAUGCGCCAGGUCGUAACGUUCAGCUUCCUCCUAUUGGAGCUCCCAUCAACUAUCAACCCGGUGCACAAGUUCCUAACCAAUAUCAACAAGCUCAAGCACCAGCUUCCUCUGUCCAGCAAUUGCAGGGGUAUAAUAAUGGUCAAGCUAACAUUGAUCACUAUGGUGGAUAUCCAGCAUCACCUUACGGCUCUUCAAACCAUAUCUACAAUCACCAAUGUCAUUAUCCCCUCACUCCUUAUUGUUAGUUCAUGAGUUAACAUUUUCUUUAGCUAAUUCAGCUCAACCUAAGUACGAGCAUUAGAUUGUAUCAUAUGUAUCAUAUUGGCUUUCCCCCUUGCGGUGGUUUCGGUUGCAAUUUUCUUUUUUCAAAGGUUUUAGAAGUAACUUUUCUACUCGGUUCGGAGCCGUACAUGGUUUAUGAUCAAUCACGUUUUUAUUUACGUGAAAAAACAUGGUACAUGGGAUGGUGGAAGGCUGCAUUCUCUUGCAUUUUGUUAUAUUUGUUACAUUUGUCACAGAGUGAUAAAUGCCCUAUUAAUUUUCAUUUUUGUGGAAAGAGGUUGGGGAGUUGGCAUGAACAACGAAAGGAGUUUGAUCCUGGAAGCUAUCAGGCUUCAUGAUGCGUCAAAGGAAAAGGGAUUCUUUCAGGUUACGGGCAAAGAAAGAAGAUGAAGCAUGGGUCAUGCAAAUUAUUUUGCCUCUGAUGUUGAGGAUGCAAUUAUGUUGGCUUUGCUGAGUUUUUCAUGGUAGUUUCAGAUACAUAAAUCAUCAUAGUUGUUAGAUGGCGUAUUCAGUUCAGUUUGUUUAUGUGUAUAUUGCCU